AGCUGAGGAAAACGCAUGGGUCCAACACUGAAGCAAGCGAGUUGGAUCGGCCCGUGUACCCAUCCAUUUCAGAAACUCGCGGCACCCGUGUUCUCCGCCGCCGUAGCCAUGUCAAGUUCCCGCCAAGGCGAACAAACGCAUUGCUCCGCCACCGUCACCGCCGAGAACUACCCGGUGCCGCUAUCCCCUCCGCUUCCAGCAAUCUCGAAGGAAAUCGAGCUGAACAGAGCCACCAUCGCCACAUCAAACUCAGAGCUCUUCACUCUGUCAAGAACCGACCACAUCAUCUACGAAGACGACUCACUCAUCGCCGUUAACAAACCCCAGGGAAUUUACUGCGACGCCCUCCUUUCCUCCGUUACCACCAUCACCACCGUGCCGGAGCUUCACCUCGCUAACCGCCUCGACCGUGACACCAGCGGCGUCAUGCUGAUAACGAAGUCGCACAAGGUGGCUGCCAAGCUCGUCAAGGCCUUCACCGAGCACAGGGUGAAGAAAACAUACAUCGCGCUCUGCACCGGGCGUGCUCCCGAUUGGGAAACGGUGACCGUCAGAUCCGGUCACGGGAGGUCGAAAUUCGGCGUGUGGCGAGUUUACGCCGCUUCCGACGUUGGCCGUGUACUGCCGGGUGGGUCGGUUGUUCGGGACAUGGAAACUUCGUUCGAGGUGGUGUCUGUUAACGGGAAGAAGGGGAGGUUCAGGGAAGUUUCUGAGGCUGACAUGGAGUUUCGAGAGGGGAGUGGGGUGGUGGUGGUUGAAGAAAAAGCGGUGAACGGUGACGGUGGUGGUGGUGGUGGUGAGGAUGAGAUAGUGGUGAGAGCGUAUCCUAGGAGUGGAAGAACGCAUCAGAUUCGGUUGCACUGUCAGUAUCUUGGGAUUUCUAUCAAAGGGGAUGUGAAAUAUGAGGGUGUGUAUGAGUGGAAAGGUGCUACUUAUCAUGCUCAUCAUCUUCAUGCUGAGACAUUGUCGUUUGAACACCCUGUCACUGGUCUUCGUGUUAUGGUUCGUGCACCGCUUCCACCAUGGGCUAACCUCGCGUUGCAGCCCGAAUAACCAUGGAGUUUGCAUUUUCAUGUGAGCUAUGUCUGUUUCUCUGUGGAUUGAUCUCAGCGUCUCAUGCAAUUUGCACUGAAGAAGGGGUCAGUAUCUCAUUCUUGCACUCACUAUGAGUAUUAGAUUUGUUACUUUGAUCUGGGAGCUUAGGAAUUGGCAUGUUUUUGGGAAUGGAGAGUCAUAGAAUCAAGAAGGACCUUUGAGCUGUGAUGUGAUUUCAUCUAGUCAUGGUAGACCUGAGAAAAUGUUGCCGCUAUUUAGUAGAUGAUGAUGGGCGGCGGAGAGAUUUUGAGGUUCUUGCUAAAUGAUUUUUAGUCAACAAUUUGUUAUCUUUCAUUCUGUCUUUGAUUACACUGUACAUGAUAGUCAACAAUGAAUGUCAUUUAUGUUUGAUAUUAUUGUGAACAAAUUUGAGAAUUAUUGCUACGGUAA